GAGAAGUUAACUGGAAGUCUUUGAAGAUCGAUAACUUUGCUGAGGUUGUCCAGGGUUACUUUUCAAAAGAAGAUUUCCCUGCUCACAAGCCAGUAGAAGACUUUCAGCCCAAGCAAGGGUGAAGACAGCUCUCUCCAAGAGCAGAGGAAGUCCCUGUGGAGAGAAGCCGAGCUUGUUAGCAGAACUCGUCGGCAUGUCUAAACAAGGAGAGGAUUGCUACUUCUAUUUCUAUUCUACCUGUACCAAGGGAGACAAAUGUGCCUACCGCCACUGCGAAGCUGCUCUGGGCAAUGAGACGGUCUGCAAGCUGUGGCAGGAGGGUCGUUGUCUCAGGAACGUCUGCCGAUUCAGACACAUGGAAAUUGACAAAAAGCGCAGUGAGAUUCCUUGCUACUGGGAGAAGCAGCCGGGAGGCUGUCAGAAAGCCAACUGUGCUUUUCAUCAUGCAAAGGGACGUGACAUCGAUGGACAAUUCUUCCCACCAAGCAAGACUACACUGCCAAGUCCGCCUGAGUCCACGGACGAUGAUUUGAAAGUGGCUCAGAUGUCACUGCAGCAAAACAAACUUUCUGUCCAGUCAAAUCCCUCUCCACAGCUAAGGGGGGUGAUGAAAGUGGAAAACUCUGAAAAUGUCCCAAGCCCUACGCACCCUCCAGUUGUAAUCAAUGCUGCAGAUGAUGAUGAAGAUGAUGAUGACCAACUUUCUGAGGAAGGAGAAGAAACUAAAACUCCCGUCCAGCAACCAGCUGCGGAAGGCAAAAAUGGAUUACGGGUGAUUUCCACUCGGAAAGGCAGUUCUCCUACUACUAAACAAGAGGGCAAUCUGAAUUUUGGAAUAAAAACACUUGAGGAAAUCAAAUCGCAGAAGAUGAAGGAAAAAAAUAAGAGACAAACAGAAGGUUCUUCAAGAUCUUCUCUUCCUCCCGUUGAUUCUAUGAUUUUUCCUGCUCCAGAAAAGGAAAAUGUCCGGACAGUGGUGAGAACUGUGACACUGUCUUCCAAGAAAGGGGAGGAACCUGUGGUUCGACUAGAUCUUGCUGAUAGACAAGGAAAACGGAAAGCCUCCGCGGAUGAUGUAAGCACCGUUCCAGUGAAGCGCAGCCUUGCUGAAAGGCUGGGGAAGAAGGUAGAGGCUCCGGAAAAUGCUGACAAAGCACCCAAGAGCGAUACAGUUCAAGUUGCCAAGUCUCUGAAGGACAGGCUGGGAUUACCUCCUAAACAGACCAGUACUGAGAGAGGGAAGGAUGCUAAGCUGAUGGGAGAGAUCCGUGUGAAAACACUGGAGGAAAUCCGUCGUGAGAAAGCUCUUCAGAGACACGAAACUCAAGCCAAAGGCGAGGCUGAAGGGCAUGGUAAAACCGAAGAUUCCAGCGCAGGGGCAAGACCUGCUCGUGUAGGUCGCAUCAAAACUUUCUCUGAAGCCUUGUCUGAAAAAAAGAAUAAUCGCUUGGUAGAAGAGAAGAAAAAAGCAGGAGAAUCCCAUACCAAGAGCAAAAUUCAGGGUGAGUCCAAGAAGCAGCUCGCUCUGUCCGGGCCCAGCAAAGGGCAGGCGAAGGAGCCGGCAGGAAAAGUCAAGCCAGGAGAAGUGCAUGUUAAAACCUUGGAAGAAAUAAAGCGUGAGAAAGCUCUGCGGAUGCAGCAGAGUGAAGGAAAUGUGUCAGCUCCCUCAGCACAACCCGGACCUGCCCCAGCAGAACAGAAAUCUUUAUGGAGCACAAAACUAACAGCACCUGAAAAAGAAGAAAAGAAGGCAGUGGAAUUGAACCGGCCUUUUCCUAAACUUUCCUCUGUACCUGAUGUACAGCCCACUCAGCAGAGUGGAACUCGUAAACGUCCAGAGAAGAGCAUUGAAGAGAGACGGUGGGAGAAGCGGCAACAGAAAGAACAACAAGGGAAGCUUCAGAAGGAGGAAGCUGCUGUCAAAUCUACUGCUGGCUUUAAUACUGAACCAGCAGGGAAAGUGGCAGCUCAAUUUCAGGGUCAGGAAGCUAAAACCAACGUUAUGACAUCUGCGAAGCCUUCGGGUGGGAAAGUCACUUUCCCCAAGAAGAAGGCACUGAAACGUAAGGCACCUGAGAGUUAUCCCUCUGCCGUAGCAGCUGUGGAACUCCGGACUGCCUUGGAUGCUGAGACGAUGGGACCUCCAGCCAAAAAAGUAGCCAUGGGUGUUUCAGACAUGCCGGAGCACGUCCCAGCCAUCAGACUUGAAGAAAAUCCCCAAAACAGACCUGAAGUGCGUCUUGGAAGCCCAGCAAGAUUGGAGGAGCAGAUGGAGACCAAUCUCGAGACCUCGACCUCAGCUUCUUCCCAGCUAGAAGAGGCACGGACACGCCGGCUGAGUUCCACGGGGAACGCGCCCUUAUCUGCGGAUGAAGAUUUUGAGAAAUUACUUUGGGAAAUCUCAGGAGGCAGACUGGAAGCAGAAAUUGACUUAGACCCAGGGAAGGACGAGGAUGACCUCCUCCUUGAACUCUCUGAGAUGAUUGACAGUUGAACUGCGUAGUCCUAUGGUAUAUUUAAAAAAAAAAAAUUAAAACUGUUCUUCUUGUUGGAUACCCCGAGGUGAUCCUUUUUCUAACUGAAGCUUUGCAAUGAGACUUAAAGCACAGUCCGAACUGGUAGAAAUUGGCAGGAUCUGCACUCAGUUGUCCUAAAUUUCCCUGCUGGUCAGAGUUAAGGUCUUGUGCAUCCGUUCUGUAACUAUAGGUGGCUACCUUUGAUAUCAAGAGGACAAAGCACUUCUUUUGGCACAGAAAGAUCUCCAUUGGCACGCCACGGUGGCUGCAAAUCGAUCUUCUGAUGGAGCGAUGCUCUGAAGGCUUAAACGUAAAGCUUCUUCCUUCCUCCCCCCUUGGCACAACUCGAUGUUGGGCACAUUGUGAAGCUUCGGUGUUCUGAUUUCUCGGACAGUUGAUACCCAAAUCCUGGAGUUACUAUGUCAACUCUUGACUUUUACUUGUGUAUGCCAUUGUUUUGACUGUACCCGUGUCAGAUGAUGAAGCUGUAGGGGUGGGAGGGAGCAGAAUCGUUAUUCCAGUGUGUUGUGGACCAAACUUGCUGCCAGGAGUGGGGGUGGGGGUCAGCCCACCCAGCCUUACUUUCAAUUAUCAGGGAUGAUCAAAUGGUGAAAAGCAGCAGCUCUGCCAUGCGGCUCCACUACCCCCACUCCCUUCUCUUGUGCUGUACCAAAGUUCCCCCAGGCUUUGGUUGGUGCUUUUUGUUGGUGUGAGGAAUCCGGGGCGAGCAGUCGGGACUCUGCCGCAGUCACGGGGUCGAUGAAGGGUUGUUUAAGUGCCUCUUGGUUUUCAAAAUUGCUCCCCUGAGCUGCUGGCUCUGCUGCCUGCUACAGCAAAUGUUCGGGUGCCAUCAGCAUCGCGCUUGGGCGUGGGCACUGACCCUGCGGAGGACAGAGCUGAAAUUCGGGUGUAUUGUGUACCCUGCCACCAGCCAUCGUUUUUUUGUUGUUUUUUUUUUUUUCCCUAGCAGAUCAAUUUUGAAUUAUUUUCCGAACUUUUCGCGGCACGGUAGGCUCUUCCCGCUAUGAUUUGUGAAGCUGUGGGGGCCCUCAGGCAUUUGCUGCUGGCAGAGGAAAAACGCUUGUUGAAUUUGUUGUAAAUACUUCAUGUUUGGACAAAA